GUCAGGUUAUGGCAGCCACAUCAAACAUACACUGGAUGGAAAAUACAAGGCAUGAGAUUCAAAAUUUACAGGAAUGGAAGGAUUUUGUUGCCAAGCUACAUGAUGCUGUCCAGCAGCAGAUGAAUGAAAGCAGUGUUAAUAUGUUCACAGACUUGUCUGAAUCAGAGAAAGUGUUUGUUCUGGAGAAAGCUUCCAAGGCACUGAAUGCAGGAGAAGUUUACAACAAAUUGUCAGCUCAGAUCAGCACUUUCUUAGAAGAUAAUAUAUACAGCUAUGUCACCCACGAAGUUCAGGACAGUGACAUCCCAAAACAUCAGUCAGACUUAGUGGCAAGGCAUAUUCAGGAUGGAGUGAUUAGAAUCUUGGAUAAAAGACCUGAACUGAAGAUAAAACUACGUGUGCUUUUUAACCAUCCCUUACCCGUUUCUUUAAGAACUUUAACGUGGAGAUUGCAAUUAUCAAACACUAAAGUUCGAAUGGAAUAUUUGACCCAAGAGUCCAUGAACAAAGCAAGAUCUGUUAUGGAUGGAGAGAUUUCCUUGAAGUGCCAGGCCAUUCUCUCACAGGAACAAACCUUUCAGCACCUUAGAAAUAUCAAGAAUAUUGAGAGAACCAUGCGCAAUGUCCUGUCAUAUCACCAUAAGAUUCACCAAAUGAAGGAAAGCCUUCCAGAUGAAGAUUAUCUUCUUCUACUGCCACUGGUUCAAGUGGUGAUGGACAACUCUACCUCUACUUCCUCUCAAGGCUCAAUUUCUGCAUUGUUAGUUGAAGAAUAUAUCACUUUUAUGGACUCCAGACUUACAAUCAUGCAGGAUCCCCACACUGAUGACAGAAUAUUCCAGGAUAUUGCAUAUUUAUUAGACAAGCUUGACAAGAAACUAGCACAAACAAUACAAGCAAUGUGCACAUCACAAGAUAUAACCCCAGAGGAAGCUCUGCGGUCAGGAAUACACACGUUGCUGCAGCCAGUUCUCCGUGUCUACUUUGUUGGUUAUUUAAACGUCAACACCUUAAUGUACGUUUGGGACCAGUAUAUUAUUGGCCUUGAUCAGCCAGCUUAUAACUGUCUGCCAGCCAUGAGCUUUGUAUUCCUUAUUUUACUGCAUGAGCAUAUAAAUGGCUGCAGCUCGCUCCAUGAAAUGGAAUCAGUACUGAAAACACGAGGCCCCGCGUUAUCUGUCCAAGAGUUUCAGAUGAUAAUAAAUAAACAUUUUUAUACUGAGCUAUUUGGCCUACUAAACAAAGGCGAAAACAAUCUGUACCCAGUGUAUGAUCCAACUCAAGCCAUCCCGCAAUGGAGUCAUCGUUCAAGAGUUACCAUCCCACCAAGAACCAGACCCCAGGAUAGACGAAAAGCAAGGGAAGAAAGAGAAAUACUUAAGAGAGAAACUGCUGAACGGCAACAAAGAGAAGAGCAGAUGAGACUUAUUCAAGACGAUUUGCAGAAAAGGCAAGAAGAAGACAGGUUAAAUAUGCUUCUUGAAGACACAAAUAGAAGACACGAAAUAGAAAAAUCUCAUCUUGAAAAUCAAGUGAAGCAGGAACAGCAGAAAAAUUAUGAAUUUCAGAAAAAAGCAGAAAAACAAAUAAGCGAAUUAGAAGAAGAAAUCAGGAAGCUGAUGAACCAACGAAAGGAAAGAGGAAACAUGAUACCUCAUCCCUUCGUCCUGUCUCAGUUAGAGUCCACCAAGGCUCCGUCCUUGGUCCUUGGUCCUUGGUCACUUCCUGGUUACGGUUUACUGGUUUUGUCCAUGGUGAUUAAGAGUCCAAUAUAA